AUGAAACGACGUAGUGUUACAUUUACGGACACUCCACCCGAAGUAAUCGAUAACGAUAACGAUAGCUACAACAUCUAUACUCCUUUGCCAACCGGCAAUAUUUUUCUUUACCUACAACUGGCAAAAAUUGAGAGAAGGCAACGAAGGUAUGCUUUAGAGACUCAGCAUCAGUUGCAUCAGUAUCAUUAUUCUCGUUCCGUACCUAAUCUCAACAAGCAACAUCAUUAUUUGUCAGUGGAAUCAAAAUUUUCUAAAUCUCAUUUUAAUAUUAAUAGAGGAAAGAACUUUUUCCAACAGAGACAACGAAUGGAUCCAGUUUAUCUAUCAAUACCAGAUCUUGCUAUGACUGUACAACCACGUUUAAGAGCAGCAAUUGAAUCGGUACGUAUUUUUAACAAAAAUGUUACAAAAAUGGAUACAUCAUGGAAUUUAUAUGGUUUAUGCAGGAAAGGACGAGGGGAGAAGUUGUUACAAUGUCACUAUGGAUCUGUAUCUGAUUAUUUUCUCAAUACACAUAGAAAUGCAAUCGUUUCUAAUAAUGCUGCCGCAGAAUCAUCUGUUAAGAAUAUUAUUGACAUAGCUUCAGAAUCAUCUAUUAAGGAUAAUGUUGAUCAUCGUAUUAAUAAGAGAAAUGAUAGUAAUAAUGAUACUGUUACUAGAAGAGGGAUUAUUCAGCAGUACAAAAGUUCCGUUAGUAAUGAUAGGAAUUGUAUCAAAAAUGAUGCCAUUAAUAAUGCUUCCGAUUCAAUAGUAUGUUAUAGCUACACUCAUGAUAACAGAAAUGACAGUAAUGUUAACAGUGAUGUCGAAAAUAUCAUCAAGAGCAGUGGUAGAGUUAAUAAUUCUGAUAAUGAUUAUGGAAAACUGACUGAGCGAUUUCUACAACGUUAUAAUUACCAUUAUUUGAAUAACUGCAAAAAAUUUAAUUCUGCCGCAGAGACCGUCAAUAACUGGUUUUUGAAAAAUGUUGGCUAUAAUAAUGAUAAUGGAAUUAAUUGCCGAUGUUAUUCAUUGUUAAACAAACCGUUGCAACGAAAGGAUUGUCAUCAACGACACCACUCCAGUGAUGCUAGAAAUAUAUCCUCUCUCUUCACUUCUACAACCAGCCAUAAUAGCAAAAUGAGAAAUGUUAUUAGUAAGCAUCAGUGGUAUUGUUAUCCGUCCGUGAUGUAUUCAAAAACGCAGUUGGUAGAUGGUAAUCUAUUUUUUCUCGAUUCUGAAAUGGCAAAACAUAUCGCGGAAUGUUUAGAGCAAUUCAAUACGGGUUUGGAUAAAGUUUUACAAGCACGUCAACUAUUAGAAACUUCACAAGAAUUACCAGUGGAUGAUCGUGAGACGAUGCUACGCUUGCUCAAUCAGGCAAUGCGAACAAGCCUCAAACGGAUGGAAUACAACGAUGACCGUUAUGAACCUGAUGGACGGCACAGCGAAAGCCCAAAUAGUCUGGGCGGUCAACGACAAUGUGCACCAAUUCAGCAACUUUGUGGCACCAAUGAUGGUAAUGCCAACUUCCAUAACAUCACCAAUAAUGUUGAUCCAGCGGAAUUUUUCCAACAGCAUGGACAACAGCUACUUGCUCUUCUCCAACAAAACAUGGCGAAGCAGAAUUGA